AUGAGAUUCCCGCUGGACUCGUACAAGCAGCUCGAAAAUAGACUCGAAAAAAUUGAAAAUAACAAGGAUUCCCCAUUCAAGAACUUGUGGUUCAUUUCAAUUACUUCGCCGACUACCUUUCUUAAAACAACAACUUUUUGGUUUCAUUAUUCUGAUGGUUUAAGAAAGUUCAAGAUAGCCAAAUGCCAAAGAAUAGGUACAACUGAAAACGACGCUGAUGAAAAGGAAGAAGUUGUCCAAACGGAGUUUCCCAUUGAAAUCGAGUGCCGAGUUUACAAAUGCCCUGCCCGUGCAACAAUAUUCGUAACUGACCUCAGCUUGAUGAGAGGAACCAAGUUCAACGAAAAAGCUUCCAGGCGAGCUUUGAUGCAAGCUUACUCGAGAGUCACGAUGGAGAACACACAGCACACUUGCUCGCCUCUUUCACUCUCAACAGCUUUGACUUAUUCAGUCAGGGAUCAUUUGAUGGCAAGAGAUGCCACUCCCAUUGAACUGCAAGACGAAAUAAACGACAUGAAGGACUGCCCGAGACUCAAUGAAAUAGGAUUUGACGAGAAAGAAUGCAAUAGGACUUGCGCACACCGGGAAAAGAAAAUAAACAAAGAAAUUCAAUCAAAAUGGUACAGUUCCUGGGCAAAAGCGCAAAAACAAGCUGAAGAGUCGGCGUUGAAAAGAGUUUACGAUAGUUCUGCGUCUUUUCUUUCGGGAAUACCGUCUGAAGGCUGCCCCAUGAGCGGAAGCAACAACUCGAAGAAAAUGAAAAUCGAAGAAGAUGAUUCUGAUGAUCCGGAUCUGAUCUCCACUUCUGAAUUUUUCAGCAUCGAGGAAGAAAAUCAGGAUUCGCAAGAAUUCGACUUCGCUUCAGAUAUUUGGUCUGAAUCGACCAGUUCCACUCCUGCAGCUAACGAUACGGAGAAGACGAAAGACCUGCAGACAAUGAUGGCUGAACUAAACGAAUUGCUGCCAAAACGAGAAUAA